AUGACUUUCGGGCCGGCCCGCGGGCUGUACCAGUCCGUUCGUAAAGUCGCUGGAAUGAUUUCGGCGACGUGCACUGUGCAAGAAAACUCAGGGUGCGAGCGACAGCUCGAAAAAGCCUAUUGCGCCGUGAAAAAAGCCAGAAGUUGCACAGUGCAAAGUGAGCUUUCGUUUUCGCAGAGUGCAUGUCGCCGAAAACAUUCCAGCGACUAUUAGGCGUUUGGACCGGACUGUUUCACAUAUGCUUGUUGUUCUUACUGCAUUCCGAGGCUGUCUAAAAUAUGCAAAUAUCCCGAAAAAGCCAGCCGAGGUUUGCGUUUUUUUAUUGGCAACCUAAUUUCCGCUUCGAUUCUCAUGUCGUAAUUUUCAUGAUUUCGGGCCGAUUUCGGCUCGGAAGCCAUGUCGCAACUAGAGAAUAGCCCAUUUCGCUUCUGCGAUUCGUCACCCACAGCAGAAUUUUUUAUGACUUUUCGAUGGGAAAAUAUUUUUUCGGUAUCCCUUUAUUCCUUUGCCAUUUGUGGCAUUUCGUAUAUCACGUAGCUCAAAAGUGGGCGGGAGACAUUUUUGUUCUAUUUCGGGUGAUCUUCUUCUCCUUGGUGAAAUACGUCAAUGGGUUCUUUCUUCAGAACUUUUUUUUAAACUGGAUAAGAUAAACUUCAAUUGAUGAAUGUCUAUUUCGGUCUUUGAAAUCUAAUGUCAGCCCUACAAUCCCCUACAUUUCAAAAACAAUAUGUGCCGGUUCCCCCCUACAAAUUCGAAUUGAGAAACAUAUUUUCCCCCUACUCUGCCUACAACUCUUUUGAUCGAAGAGCAUAGUAUUACGAUAACGUAGGCAGCCGUCUUAAGAGAUAAAAUUGUAGCUUUCCGGUUUAAUCGAUGCGCUUUUUUCGCUUCUACAAUUUUCCGCGUAGCCUGGUCGCCCUUUACAGUUGCGUUUUCUGUUAUUUUAGACUGCGUAAAAAUGCGGGAAAAUAUUUAUCAGCUGUCACUCACCGUAAAUGCUCGAAUUCUUUGUACUUUUGGGACCCGUUGUAAUUUCCACUUCUUUAAUCGAAGUGGCAAAACCAUGGACGAUGACGCUACGAGCGAUUUAGUCAUCCCGUCGGAAUUGGUUAUAUGCAUUUAUCGAAUGUUUAGCUAUGUUUCGAUGGUCGUGAACUUCUCUUUUUGCGCUACGACUACAUUGGCUAUUGUGAAAAGUAAGAGUUUCGAGAUUUUUUUUGAUAAGGCUUCAUGAUAAAGAUGCGCUUCCAAUAAGCUUCCUGCAAGGGAAGUACCCCAAGUGCGACGCUAGAUUUUCUUCAGAUUUUGCACGGAUGUCUGUGCGGAAAAAAAUUAUUUUUUGUGGAAACAUUACCCUCCAUGGUAGAAAUAGGCACGAAACUUUUCGUGCCGAAAUUCAGCAAAAAGUGCCAAAAUUUGGCCGACUUUCGAUCAAAAAAUUUCGGUUGUUUCUGCAAAGCGCGAGCUAGGAUUCUCGCAUACAUUUUAGAAAAAAAUAUUUUAAAUUUGCUCCCAGUUUCAUCAAAAUCUGAGCGUCUCACUUGAGGUACUUCCCCUGUAGGGAAAAUACCAUGCUGCCAUCAGCCCCAUUUUUAGGCUGAUGGAAGCUGGCGUUGGAUUUAUUUCUUCAACAUGAAAAAAUUUCCAGCGCCCGCCGCCGACCUCACAAUCUACCGUUUCUACCUGCUGCACGAAGUGCUUUGGGCUUUUCUGUUUGACAUUGCGGUUUUCACCUUCAUUCCGAUCGCUCAUCUGCCUCACAUUUGUUAUCAAUCUACCGGCAUUCUGAAGACGGUGCUCGGCCAUUACGGAAACUAUUGUUUCCUAUUUAUUUUUACUAUUCUAUGCGGCGGAAAGGCGUACGCUCAAUGGUUGUGCAUUUUUUACCGUUACAUUUUGGCGUACCGUCAUCGAGCCAAAUAUAGAAUGGUGCUGACGUACUUGGCCAGAUUUGAGCUCCCAUGGACACCGGCGUUUUACUGUGGUGUUUUUUUGUCGGGCAUGUUGACGUUUUGGGUAAGUGCAAUGCCGUAGAAACAUAGUCAGAUUCGUGCUUCUGAAUAAUAGGAUUUUAAAUUUCAGGCUCUUCUUAGGUAUUUUUCCGGUAAUCCUGUCGCCACAACCGCUACCCUCAGAGUUGUCGACCCCAAAGUUCGUGAAUUACUGGUGUAUUUCCCUCAAACAACAUGCAUGUUGCAGCAGACCUCAAGCUACGAAUUCGUCUUGCUCUGUGGAAUUUUUGUGCUGGUCGGCUGGGGCAUGUUAAUGGCCUUCUUGGUCCUCUCACUGGCUUAUACGUUGAGAACGGAGAAACACUCCUUUUCGAAGACAGGCCGUCUACAAUGGAUGUUGUUUCGCUCUUUGGUCGCGCAACUCAGUGUGACCCUGGUGUUCUUGUACUUUCCCAUAUUGAUAUGGUUUUUGGCCGGGUAUUUCGACAGCAAUUACAACAUGUUGAUUGGACUUGCGGCUUGUUCGUUUCUGGCCAUGCACUCAACGGUGGAUUGUGUGGCAAUCCUACUGUAUGUUCGACCGUUUCGACAGGCAAUCCGGAACUUUUUCUGCAACUCCACGGAGGUUGAGAGUUUUCCCAAAAAGUCUGUAACAUAG